UUCUUCUCCGCCCUUUCCAGAGGCGAAGCUGGCUUGCCCUUCGAGGGGCGGUGCUUUCUGUUCGUGCUUCAAGAUGGCGGCUUCCAUGGGGCUCCUCAGAGUCUGGAGACAUCGCAUGGGCUUGGGGCUCCCUGUGCGCCGGACAUUAUGGGGAUGGCCGAGGAAGAAGGAAGAUGAUCCAGAGACAGUACAACCAGCUGUUCCCAUGAAAGAGGAACCAGUUCUGGUUUGCCCACCAUUUCGAAGCAAAAAAUACAUUCCUCCAGAAGAUCUCCAAAGUCGUCUGGAGUCUCAUGUCAGAGAAAUCUUUGGCUCCUCAGCCUCUUCAGACUGGCAAAUGGUAUCUCUGGGAGACAGCAGUUUAAAAUAUCGCCUGUUGGCUCAACUGGCAGCAGAUCUGGGCCAUGCAGUUCCUAAUUCCCAGCUCCAUCAAAUGAAGAGUACCAAAGACGUCUUGGCUUUUUACAGUAUACCUGUGAAAGACAUCUCCAAGUUUGAUGAGUUAAGCACGCAGGAGCUACCCUCAAACUUGAGAAUCCGCUGGCAGUACUGAACCUUUAUGGUGAACAAGGACGUUUGUGAUUUAUGGGGAAUUGUUCUCUGGUAACCACAUCAAAAGAAAUUACUUGUGUUUCCUGGAUUUCUAGAGUGUAUUGUUAGUAUCUCUUACAAAUGUUCAGCUGCAGUAAUGGCACUGUAGGAUUUUGUGAGAAAGAUAAUAAAGGAUUAUUCAGUAA